CCCCAUUUCUUCUCUCUCCCGUAAAUGCCACUCAUCCGCCUUCCCCAUACGCCCCAUCUCCCGACCUCUGCGCCCGCCCUAGCCGACCUCCUCCUCUCCCUCUCCGCCGCCCGCUCCCUCCCCAAAGGCCAGCAGCUCCACGCCCACCUCCUCAAGUCCGGCCUCCUUUCCUCGCCCGCCGCCGCCACCCGCCCCCUCUCCAACCACCUCAUCACCUUCUACGCCCGCUGCGGCCUCCCGGUCCUCUCGCGCACCGCCUUCGAUGACUCCCCCUCCCCCCGCCCUGCCGCUGCCUGGUCCGCCCUUCUUGCCUCUCUCGCUCAGAAUGGGCUCCCCCUCCCCGCCAUCGCCGCCUUCCGCUCCAUGCUCCUUUUCGCCAUCCCUCCCUCCGACCGCUCCCUCCCCUCCGCCGCUAAGGCCGCUGCAGCCCUUUCCUCUCCCUCCCUUGCCCGCUCCCUCCACGCCCUCGCCCUCAAGACCCCCUUCGCCGAGGGCGUCUUCGUCGGUUCCUCCCUCGUCGACAUGUACGCCAAGUCGGCACUCCUCGCGGAAGCCCGACGCCUGUUCGACCUCAUGCCCCAUCGCAACGUCGUCUCCUGGAGCGCCAUAAUCUACGGCUAUGCCGAAGCCGGCCUCGACCCUGACGCUCUCAGGCUGUUCAAGAUGGCACUCGCCGAACUCGAACCCCCCGGCGUCAACGAUUUCACCUACUCCUGCAUUAUCAGGGUCUGCAGCACCGCCACUCUCCUCGAGCUCGGCUCCAGCAUCCAUGCGCAUUGCUUCAAGACCAGCUUCGACUCUUCCCCCUUCGUCGGUAGCUCCCUCAUCUCACUCUAUUCUAAAUGUGGGAUCGUGGAAGAAGCUUACGAGUUGUUCGACCAGAUGCCCGACCGGAAUCUUGGCGCCUGGAAUGCUAUACUCAUCGCGUCGGCGCAGCAUGGCCAUAUCCACUUUGCGUUUCACCGCUUCCAAGAGAUGAAAGCAGCCGGCUUCUCCCCUAACUUCAUCACCUUCCUCUGUUUGCUCACCGCAUGCAGUCACGCGGGUCUCGUGGACGAGGGAAAACGCUAUUUCGCUUUGAUGUCUGAGUAUGGUAUCGAGCCAGGUGCCCAGCAUUACGCAGCAAUGGUCGAUCUUCUCAGCCGCGCCGGUCGCAUCACUGAGGCCGUCGCAUUCAUCGAGGAAAUGCCGAUCGACCCGACGGAAUCUGUGUGGGGCGCACUCAUCACCGGGUGCCGCAUCCACAAGGACGCCGACACCGCCGCGUAUGCAGCCACCAAACUAUUCGAAACGGGCUCUUCAAGCUCUGGUGCUCACAUGCUGCUGUCGAACGCAUAUGCCGCGGCAGGACGUUACGCGGAUGCAGCUCAAGCGAGGAAGGCGAUGCGGGAUCGAGGAGUGCGCAAGGAGACAGGUCUGAGCUGGUUAGAGACGGCGGGGAAAGUGCACACCUUCGUAUCGGGAGACCGGGGACACCCAAGGAGCGACGAGAUAUACGCGGUGUUGGAGGAGGUGGGGGAGAGGAUGGAGAAGGCCGGGUAUGUGCCGGACACAAGCCAGGUGCUGAGGGAUGUGGGCGGCGAAGAGAAGCGGGCGGCGAUAUGGUAUCACAGCGAGCGGCUGGCGAUAGGAUUGGGGUUGCUGGUGGUGCCGGAGGGGCAGCCCAUCAGAGUGAUGAAGAACCUGAGGGUGUGCGUGGAUUGCCACACGGCCAUCAAGUAUUUGUCGAAAUGCACCGGCCGGGCGAUCGUGCUGAGGGAUAACAAUCGUUUCCACCGGUUUGAGGAUGGCGCGUGCUCCUGUGGGGAUUACUGGUGAUGACCGGGUAAUAACCACUAACCCCUCGUUGUUCCUUACGGCUUUUUUUUUUUUUUUUUUGAAUAACAAUAGUUUAUUUGAUUGUUGAGUUAAACAGAAUGCUUUAGAUUUUGGUAACUGUUAGUACUUCGUGAUUUAAGUUAAGUUGCAAAAUUCUAUUGGCUUCUCGUUCUGGUAUCUUUUUUCCUGUUUGUCAUGUCAUUUUUAGUAAUAUAAUAUGUCAGAUUGGAUAUUAAUUGUAAUUACACAAAAGGAAGUACCUUCUAUUGGGCAAAGAAUAUAAACAUGCUUCAAACCAUGCAGAGAAUCUAAGCACGAGGAAACAAACUGCACCACAGUUUGAGACAAUUUCAAUAGGCAUAGAAAUGACAAUCAACAUACAUUGAAUUUACUUUCUUUCAGUGUUUUCCAACAACAGGUAGAACUUAAGAGACUUAUUUGGCGAAACAAAAUACAAAAUUUUGCUACCGGAAUAAGAGAAAAAUUGCAGAGUCCAACACCUUGGAUGCUAUGCUACAAUCAUCUAUUUCUCCAAAAUACUCCUUUUGGUCCCGAAAAAUAAAUAGAAGGAUUGUGAGGAUCCCAAGAACAAAACUUGGGGAAGACAUGUAUUCUUGUAAGAAAAAAAUAAA